GGUGGGUGCAGAGGUCUGGGCCAGCCAGAAGCAUGGCGAAAGUCUCGCAGCUGGAAGACGCCUUCCUAGAGGCUGAGCCUUCGCCCCAAAUUUCCCCUGAAGUCCAGGAGGAAUGUUGCGUGCAGUUGCUGGGCAAGGGCUUGCUGGGCUACCCGGAGGAGCAGGUGUACCUGGCUGCAAACGCGCAGUCCGGAGGCGCGCUGGGUGCUGGGGAGCGAGAAGACCACCUCCAGGUGCCGGUGGGCGUUAAAUCAGAAAUGCGUUUAAGCAAUGGUAACUUUUCCUCCGAAGAAGAGGAUGCAGAUAGUCACGACAGCAAGAGCAAAGCAACAGAUCCACACCUCUCUCAGAAGAAAACCAUCACGCAGAUUAUGAAGGAUAAGAAGAAACAGACACAGCUCACGUUGCAGUGGCUUGAAGAGAAUUACAUUGUUUGUGAAGGAGUUUGCUUACCACGGUGCAUCCUUUAUGCACACUAUUUAGAUUUCUGCAGGAAAGAGAAGUUAGAGCCAGCCUGUGCAGCCACCUUUGGGAAGACAAUUCGUCAGAAAUUUCCCCUCUUAACAACACGGCGACUUGGGACAAGAGGCCAUUCAAAGUAUCAUUAUUAUGGGAUUGGCAUCAAAGAGAGCAGUGCAUAUUACCACUCCGUUUAUUCUGGAAAGGGGCUAACAAGGUUUUCUGGAAGCAAGCUGAAGAAUGAGGGUGGCUUCACUCGUAAAUAUUCACUUAGCUCAAAAACUGGAACACUUCUUCCAGAAUUUCCCAGUGCUCAACACUUUGUGUACCAAGGAUGCAUUUCUAAAGACAAGGUCGAUACCCUCAUAAUGAUGUACAAAACUCACUGUCAGUGCAUCCUGGAUAAUGCAAUCAAUGGGAACUUUGAAGAGAUCCAGCAUUUCUUACUACACUUUUGGCAAGGAAUGCCUGAUCAUCUUCUUCCCCUGCUUGAAAACCCUGUUAUUAUUGACAUUUUCUGUGUUUGUGAUUCAAUUCUUUAUAAGGUUCUCACAGAUGUACUCAUUCCUGCAACCAUGCAAGAAAUGCCUGAAAGCUUAUUAACAGACAUAAGAAAUUUUGCUAAAAAUUGGGAACAGUGGGUGGUUUCAUCCCUGGAAAACUUGCCAGAAGCUUUGACUGACAAGAAAAUUCCUAUUGUGCGAAGAUUUGUGUCUUCUCUGAAAAGACAAACAUCUUUUUUACAUCUUGCUCAGAUUGCCAGACCAGCUCUCUUUGACCAGCAUGUUGUGAAUUCAAUGGUAUCUGAUAUUGAAAAAGUUGACUUGAAUAGCAUUGGCUCUCAGGCCCUUCUUACUAUUUCGGGCAGUACAGACACUGAAUCUGAUAUCUACACUGAAAAUGACUCUAUUACAGUAUUUCAAGAACUGAAAGAUCUCCUGAAGAAGAAUGCCACUGUGGAAGCAUUUAUUGAGUGGUUGGACACUGUGGUAGAACAGAGAGUUAUUAAGACCAGCAAACAAAAUGGAAGGUCAUUAAAGAAGAGGGCCCAAGACUUUCUGCUGAAAUGGAGCUUUUUCGGUGCUCGAGUAAUGCAUAAUCUCACCUUGAACAAUGCAUCGAGUUUCGGUUCUUUCCAUUUGAUCCGAAUGCUUCUUGAUGAAUACAUUCUCUUAGCCAUGGAGACCCAGUUUAAUAAUGACAAAGAGCAGGAGUUACAAAAUUUAUUGGACAAAUAUAUGAAGAAUUCAGAUGCAAGUAAAGCUGCCUUCACAGCUUCUCCAAGUUCAUGCUUUCUGGCCAACCGUAAUAAAGGGAGCACUGCUUCCGGUGACACUGUGAAGAAUGAAAGCCAUGUGGAAGCAGCCUAUCUUCCUUUGCCAUCCAGCCAACCUGGAGACUUGACCUCUGCUCUGCACUCUUUCCCUGCAGGGAGUACAGACCGAAUGCCUCUUCCAGGUCAAAUGGAGCUUUCCCAGAGCACAGGUCCUCUGAUGACACCACCUAUUUCUCCAGCCAUGGCCAGCCGAGGAAGCGUCAUUAACCAGGGACCAAUGGCAGGGAGACCCCCAAGUGUGGGCUCAGUAAUGUCUGCUCCAACACACUGCUCAACAUACUCAGAACCCAUUUAUCCUACUCUUCCUCAAACCAACCAUGACUUUUUUGGGACCAACUCUAAUUAUCAAACUGUGUUUAAGGCCCAGUCCCACCCUCCAUCAGGACUCUAUCCUCAUCGUUCAGACUAUGGACGAUACAUGACCUGGAGUGAACAUCAACUUUCUAGAGACUUCUUCAGUGGCAACUGUGCUGGGUCUACAUACAAUUCUCGGCCACCUUCCAACUAUGGACCAUCCCCACAUGGCCAAGAUUCACACACUGUGCAGUUUUUCAAUACAGGAAGCUUCAAUUUCCUGAGCAACACAGGGGCUGCCAACUGCCAAGGAGCAAUACUGCCUCCUGAUUCACCUAACGGGUAUUAUGGAAACAGUGUAAACUACCCAGAGUCUCAUAGACUUGGAGCCAUGGUGAAUCAACAUGUUUCCGUCAUUAGUAGUGUCCGAUCCUUACCUCCCUACAACGACAUCCAUGAUCCUCUUAAUAUUUUAGAUGACAGUAAUAGGAAACAGACUGGUUCGUUUUAUGCAGACUCAUCGCCUUCUGUUGCAUGCCGAACUCCAGUACUAGCAUCCAGUUUGCAAACCCCGAUUCCUUCUUCCUCAUCUCAGUGCAUGUAUGGAACCUCCAGUCAGUAUCCGGCUCAAGAAAGUCUGGACCCCCAUGGAGCAAAUGGUAGAGAAAUGGGAUCUUCCUUACCGCCCAUCAACACCGUGUUCAUGGGGACAGCAGCUGGAGGGACUUAAACGAGCAAUGUGUGUGGGGGGGGGUGACAAUUCAAAAAUCUCUCCUACUCAAACAUUACUUAUUCAGACUGCCAUCUGAGUAAAAGAAUAGAUAGCAGUGACAUAACACUGUUUUUCUCUUCACUGAUUUAAAAUUGUGGGCAACGCCAUAGUGAAUGGAGGUAUUGUCAAUUUAUCCUGCACACAAGUUGUUAAAAAUAUGAUCAUAGUUAAUCAUAGUUUCAAACAUUAAGAAAGUGAAUCAGUAGCACUCUGAAGAUGCAGACACUUCAACAUAAAGAUUUAAUAUUUCAUGCCUUAAUUUAUUAAGUAUGUGUGCUGUCUCAAUUUUGGUUGCUGAAAAAGGGGAAAAAAAGUUUAUUUUAUGCCUUUAAAAUACCUUUAAUUUAUUAGGAUCUCAGAAUCAUUGUUUACUAUCUCUUAUUUGACAAAAUGUCAAAUGUGUAUGCUCUACCUCCUAUGGAAAUGUUUACAAAGUUAAAACAAGUCAAUUCAGCCUAGACCAAAGUUGCUUGACUUUCAGUGCCUGUGCAUUAAUUAGUGUGAUCAUUUUUGUCACAUAGCAGUAUUCUAAUUCUGUGUAACUAACUGAAGACUAUAGAUAUUCCCCCAUUUAUUUAAUGAAGAUAAGAAGUAAAAAAAAAAAAAAGAAAAUGUAUGAAAAAAAUUUUAAAAGACUUGGUUGUUUUCGAUGUUGGUCCGAUUUCUGAAAAAUGGUAGGAAUUGUCAGACAAUAACUACUCCGGAUAUUGAGUUAGAGAUUAAAAUUGGUUGGUCAGAGAACAUUCUCAUAUCAGUUCCAUGAAGAUAAAUAUAAAGAAAUUGUAUCUUGCAGAUGGUCUGAAGUUUUACAGAUUUGGAAGUAUUCUUCACUCAAGGACUUUGUUUAUAAAUUGCUAGUAAAUGUUUAUUCAGGGAUCAUGUGAAUGUAAAGACUAAUUCAGAAAUGAAAGAUUGGCUACGUAUAAAUUAAUGCAAUUCUGUAUUGUUUUCCUUUUCAGUUAUCUUAGCUGAAGUGUUGGUUGUAAGACUCACUCGCUUUAUAAUGGGAAACUUCUGUUAACAGUAUAGGUUUUUCCUAUAGUCUUACAAGUGCCUCAUAUUAUUUGUAUUAAUGAUUAAGUUACAUAUAAGCCUUGGUUAUGUUAUAACAUUUGUAAGCCCUAAAUACUCAUUAUGCAUCAUGAUAUAAUUUGGUAAUGACAAAAUGUCAAAUUGUUUUC